CUUCGCAAAUGGUUCUGGUUUGGAACAUUCUGUUGCUGGUUCAACAUCAUCCUUCGCUGUUUUCUUGGAGGAUAAGUACAGCAACCCUUCUCCAGUCGAAACCACAAGGCUGCAAGUGAAGAUUUUUGCUAAAAGCGGCACGUCUUAUGCAGACCCAAUAAUAUCACAAGGUAAUGCUCUAUAAUCAUUUAGCAGUUUAGCCUUCUGUUAAAUCUGAAAAUUCUUCUUGCCUAAAGAGACGACAUUUAUGGAAGGAGAAAGUUCUUUCAAUUUAGGACCUGCUGGCCAUCAGGAGAUCAUUGCUGGAAACUCAACUGCGCAAGCAAGUCAAUUUACUGUUUCAUAUACUCCUCAAAUUGCUGGGGAAUAUGAAAUUUGGGUACUCUGUGGGAACAUAGUGCUAAAUGGUGGAAAUCCUUAUGACAUGACAGUUUUUCCAGGUGCAAUCAAUUUGUCAUUAUCAAGUGUUGUAAAGUUUGACCCCCGAGUCAAAAUGGCAGUUGAAAAUGAAGUUGAUGUUCGGCUCGUUGACUCAUUCAUGAACCCGGUGGUAUCUUUCGAAUCAAAACUGUUAUUACAGUUAACAUCUGCAAGUAUCGGAAUCCCUGCAAGUUUUGUGGCAAAAGAAUUUGUUGACAAUGGAGAUGGAUCAUAUACUACUCAUUAUUCUGCAUGGAACCUGAGUCCAUAUAGCAUAUGUGUUCGAUUUGAGGAUAAGCAGCUAGCUCCAUGCCCAUUUGAAGUCAAUGUUCUUGCAGAUGAAAACUUUUCAGAUGUUAAAAAUGAUACUGUUUCAGUAUGGGAGGAUGAAUCAGUUUCCUUUGAUGUACUGUCAAAUGACCACAUUGCAGGAAGUAAAGCUGAAAUAGCUAACUCAUCUUCCCCACUUCAUGGAUCAGUCCUGCAGUUCAACCACAUGUAUCGUUACACGCCUUUUGAAGGAUUCUUUGGGAAUGACUCAUUCUCAUACACAAUAUCUGAUGAUCAUGACAAUGUCGUCACUGCAACAGUUUUCAUAUCUGUCAUCUGCAGACCACCUCAGUUCACAUCUUUACCCCAGAAUUUGCAUGUUACUGAAGAUACCAUCGGCCCACAAUUUGGUGGAUUUUCAGGAAUCAAAAUAGUGUAUUCGGAUAUAACAGAAAACAUAUCUGUUACAGUGAAAGCGCAGUCUGGAAAUGUGUUUCUUGCUGUAAUGCCAAUGAAGCUUCAACAGUCGUCAGAUGAUGUACUUUCGAUCAGCAGGGGAGGUAGAACUGGCAAAGACCUGAUACUGGGAGGAACAAUAGACGCAAUAAAUGGAGCGCUACAAUUUUUGCAGUACCUUGGAAAUGAAGACUUCUAUGGAAAUGAUGUUAUAGUGUUACACGCCAUGAGCAGAAAUGGUGUACAAGAUGCUCGGAUCCCGAUCUUUGUUGAGCCAAUCAAUGACCGUCCAGUGAUACUAGCUCCAGGAUCAAUUUUCUUGGGUGGGAAAGAAUCAAAGAAAGGACAUCAAAUCUACGACAAAAGCAGGGAUACAUUUCAAUUUUCCAUUUUUGAACCCGAUAUUCGUAAUUUCCCAGGAAACAAAUCCCAUUUUUCGUUAGUGUUCUCCCUAGAACUGUGUGAGGGAACUUUGACGCUGAGCUUGCCAGCCAGUACCAUUCGCACUGUGGAGCUGAAGACAGGAGGCGUUAACCAGUGGCAGCCUCUUCAGACAUAUGUGAACAUUGAUAAUCACUUUGUGCUGAAAGGAACUGCCAUCAGAUUCCGUGGGACAGUCCAGGACUGCAACAAUGCAAUGCAGCAGCUGCAUUACCAAGGUCCAAGCCAUGGAACAACCUUAUCCAUCACUGUAAACGACCUGGGAAGCUAUGGAUGCUACCCUGACUGUUCAAAGAUGAUGGGGACGCCACUAUCCGCUGCAAAGAGCGUUCAUCUAGUCAAAACAAAACAAAAGAACUCAAGAAUAGAUCCCUUGCUUGGAUCGCUGAUCAUAGCUGAGAUCCUCAUAAUGAUAUGCCUUGGCGUUGCUCUCCUGUAUUUCCUCUUCAAAUGCAUUAAGGAUUUGAAGGUUGAGCGAAGGGAGCGAAGGGUUCGUCGGCAUAGGGGUGCUUCACCACCACAAUCUGAGAACGUUGGACGUUGCUCUGCAGCUGCAGCUGCGGUCCCAUCUGGUGCAAGAAGAUCAAGUUUUCGUCAGAGGUCUUCACGGUCGCGCAAGCAAGAACUGGAACUCCAGCCAGUCUCCGAGAUCAGAAACAACGGAAAUCAAGAUAGCAUUCCUGUAGCAGACAAGGACGAAUAGGUGUUUGAUAAUUUACCCUAGAAUGUUCCGAACCCAAAGUAUUUUUUUUUCUGUUCAAUGGGAAUAAAAAUUGGAAGACAAGAUGGGUUGCAUGUAACUCUUAUUGACAGCCAUUACAGAUUGUUAGGAUUUCA